AUGAUCAAGUACAGAGAUGAACUCGAACGCAGAGUGUCUCUCAUCCCUUCAGCGGCUGCUCUCAGUGCGGAGGAUCGUUCUGCUCUUGUGAAAGCUCUAGAGAGCUUGGUUGGACGGCAUUCUAAGAAAUUGGAAUCACCGGAGCUGAAGAAGCGCAUUGCUGCUUUGACUAAAAUACAGGGCCAACUCAUGGACCUGGAAACAAAAUUUUUUGAGAGAAGAGCUGUGUUGGAAGGAAAAUUUCAGAAGCUGUAUGAACCUCUCUACAAAAAGAGAUAUGAGAUUGUUAAUGGUACAACAGAAGUUCAAAAAACCAAAAAAAGAACUGCAGUAGACCAAGAAGGAGAUAAAGCCAGAGCAGAGAAAGGAGUGCCUUACUUUUGGGCUACUGCAUUGAAGAAUGAAGUACUUGCUCAGAAGAUUACAAAGUGUGAUGACGGAGCUCUCAAAUAUCUCAAAGAUCUCAAGUGGUGUAGGAUAAAAAAGUCGAAGGGGUUCAAGCUGGAGUUCUUCUUUGAUCCAAAUCCAUUUUUCAAAAACACUGUCCUAACGAAAGCAUAUUAUAUGAGUAGUGACAGUCCACCAAUGUUGGAGAAGACAAUUGGGACAAACAUAAACUGGCAUCCUGGCAAAAGCUUGACAGCUAGUCUUCUGAAGAGGCCAAGAAAGCGAUCAAAGAAUGCUGAAUUCAUGACCAAACAGCGAAGUUUUUUCAACUUCUUUAACACUCUUGAGUAUCCUGAGCUUCCUGAUGAUUACACAACUUAUAUGCAUCAUGAUAAUUUCCGAAAAAUUGAAGAUCAAUUUGAAGUUCAGAAGGAUCUUGAUUAUGAAGUUGGUAAAACCAUUCGAGACAAGAUCAUUCCGCAUGCAGUAUCACUUUUCACCGGGGAAGCUGUUGAGCGGGGUACUGAUUGUGAAGAUCUAGAUGAUGAUGAUGAUUUAAAUGAUGACUACUAUUCUGAUGAUGAGGAGGAAGAGGAUAAUGAGGAUGAGGAUGAUGAUGAUGAUAAAGAUGAUGAGGACGAUAAAGAUGAUGAGGACAAUGAGGACGAGUUUGAGGACGAUUUUUGA